AUGACACAGAUUAAUCAGAUAAGCGAUAUAGAUGUUCAUCGAAUUACAUCUGGACAAGUUAUCACUGACUUAACGACCGCAGUGAAAGAGCUUAUUGAUAAUAGUAUAGAUGCGAACGCAAGUCAAAUAGAAAUCACCUUCAAAGAUUACGGUCUUGAAUCUAUCGAGUGUUCUGAUAAUGGUGACGGCAUAGAUCCUUCAAAUUAUGAGUUUCUGGCCCUGAAACAUUACACUUCAAAAAUUUCGAAAUUUCAAGAUGUUGCCAAAGUACAAACCCUGGGAUUUAGAGGAGAAGCCUUAUCUUCUUUAUGUGGCAUAGCCAAACUGAACGUCAUAUCAACCACUUCGCCACCAAGGGCGGACAAGUUGGAGUAUGAUAUGCUCGGUCAUAUUGCAUCAAAGACAACGACAUCAAGAAAUAAAGGGACGACCAUACUAGUUUCGCAAUUAUUUCAUAACCUACCUGUUAGACAGAAAGAAUUUAGUAAAACUUUUAAGCGCCAGUUUGCCAAAUGUCUCACGGUUAUACAAGGUUAUGCAGUUAUUAAUGCUGCCAUCAAAUUUUCUGUUUGGAAUGUCACAUCAAAGGGUAAAAAAAAUCUAAUUUUAUCAACGAUGAGAAAUUCAAGCAUGAGAAAAAAUAUAUGUUCAAUCUUUGGUGCAAGUGGUAUGCGCGGACUUGAAGAGGUUGAUUUAGUGCUCGAUCUGAACCCCUUUAAGAAGAGGAUGCUUAGGAAAUACACUGAUGAUCCCGAUUUUUUAGGCCUUGAUUACAGGAUUCGAGUGAAAGGCUAUAUAUCGCAGAACUCGUUUGGAUGUGGUAGAAAUAGCAAAGAUAGGCAAUUUGUCUAUGUGAAUAAAAGACCAGUGGAAUUCUCUACGCUUCUGAAGUGCUGUAAUGAGGUUUACAAAACGUUCAAUAAUGUCCAAUUUCCAGUAGUAUUUUUGAAUCUUGAAUUACCUACCAACUUAAUUGAUGUGAACGUCACUCCAGAUAAAAGAAUGAUAUUGUUGCACAACGAACAAGCGGUCAUUGAUGUCUUCAAAACGAAUCUGACUGAUUACUUCAAUGGACAAGAGUUAGCUCUUCCCAAAAGGAUGUGCUCACAACUAGAGCAACAAGCCCCGAAAAGGCCUAAAACAGAAGCUGCAGAUAAUAAAAGUAUAGCACAUGAAUCCAGUAGCGAAAACUGUCAUGAUGCCAGGAGCGAAAGUAAUCAAUCCAAUCACGCACGUUUUAGUAGUGUUUGUGAAGAAACUAUGGGCGCUACGGACAAAAGCAAGGAUACCGAACUAACUUCCGUAAUGGAUGGUAAUUAUGCUAUCUCCACUGAUGCCAUUGGUUCGGAGUGUGAAGUUUCGGUUGAUUCAUCGCUUUCAUUGGAUGAGGGAAACUCAAGUACACCGACUAAGAAGCCGCUUAGUAUCAAAGCAGAUUCUCAAAAUGUUAGCGCUCUAAACCUUGGCAGUUUUUCCAAUCCUGAAUUUCAAAUCAUGACUAGUUCAGACAAAGCACGUAGCUUGGAAAAAGUUGUUGAAGAACCUGUUUAUUUUGAUAUUGAUGGUGAACAGUUCCAAGAAAAAGCAGUCCUUUCGCAAACAGAUGGGUUAGUUUUCGUAGACGAUGAAUGUCUUCAGCAUUCAGGCUGUCAUCACAAAAAAAGAGGUAGUGCUGAUGCAGAACAAGAUGAUGAGGUUGACUCAGUAUACGCGGAGAUUGAGCCAGUUGAAAUUAAUGUGAGAACUCCUCUAAAAAACUCUCAUCGUUCAAUCUCCAAAGACAAUUAUAGGUCAUUAAGCGAUGGAUUGACACAUCGCAAGUUCGAGGACGAGAUAUUGGAGUACAAUUUAAGCACAAAAGGAUUUGAUGAAAUGAUCAAAAAUGGCAAACAAAUUAGUGGCAAACAAAUGAGUAGAAUCAUAAGUAAAAGAAAAUCACAGGCCCAAGAAAACAUUAUCAAAAAUAAAGAGGAAUUGGAAGAUCUCCAACGAGGGGAAAAGUAUUUGACGUUAACAGUUUCAAAAGAUGAUUUUAGGAAGAUGGAAGUUGUUGGACAAUUUAAUUUAGGAUUUAUUAUAGUAACCAGAAAAAUUGGUAACAAAUAUGAUCUGUUUAUUGUUGAUCAACAUGCAAGUGAUGAAAAGUACAAUUUCGAAACAUUGCAAGCUGUGACUGUUUUCAAAUCACAGAAGUUGAUAACACCGCAGCCGGUAGAAUUAAGUGUUAUAGAUGAACUUGUGGUAUUGGACAAUUUACCGGUUUUUGAAAAAAAUGGAUUUAAGUUGAAAAUUGAUGAAGAAGAAGAGUUUGGCUCGAGAGUUAAACUUUUAAGCUUACCUACAUCCAAGCAAACCCUUUUUGAUUUGGAUGACUUUAAUGAACUGAUACACUUGAUCAAAGAAGAUGGUGGGUUAAGAAGAGAUAACAUCAGGUGUUCUAAGAUUCGGUCUAUGUUUGCUAUGAGAGCAUGUAGAAGUAGUAUAAUGAUAGGUAAGCCGCUGAAUAAGAAGACUAUGACCAGAGUCGUUCAUAAUCUCAGCGAACUGGAUAAGCCUUGGAAUUGUCCUCAUGGACGUCCCACAAUGAGACAUUUGAUGGAAUUACGUGAUUGGAACUCAUUUUCGAAGGAUUACGAAGUAUGA